AUGCAGGGGGCCUGGCUGCUGUUGGUGCUGCCGCUGCUGCUGCUGGGCCUGAGGCCUCAGCCUGCCCUGGGCGUCAUCCCGGGGAAGGAGCCCCGAGCAGCCUGCCCCAACACAGCCUACUGCCACCCACCCCCAGAGGAGGAGAAGGACCCAGAGUUCUGGUAUCAAAAAGGCAGGGAAGCCCUGGAUGCCGCCAAGGAGCAGCAAGCCAAGCAGACGGCCGCCAAGAACCUCAUCCUCUUCCUGGGAGACGGGAUGGGCGUGCCCACGGUGACAGCCACACGGAUCCUGAAGGGGCAGAUGAACGGCAACCUGGGACCCGAGACGCCCCUGGCCAUGGACCACUUCCCAUACCUGGCUCUGUCCAAGACAUACAACGUGGACAGACAGGUGCCUGACAGCGCUGGCACAGCCACAGCCUACUUGUGCGGGGUCAAGGCUAACUACAGGACCAUCGGCCUGAGCGCAGCCGCCUGCUACAACCAGUGCAACACAACCUGGGGCAAUGAGGUGCUCUCGGUGAUGUACAGGGCCAAGAUGGCAGGGAAGUCUGUGGGGGUGGUGACCACCAUGCGGGUGCAGCACGCCUCACCAGCGGGCACCUACGCACACACGGUGAACCGCAACUGGUACUCGGACGCCGACAUGCCUGCCUCGGCGCGGCAGGAGGGCUGCCAGGACAUCGCCACGCAGCUCAUCUCCAACAUGGACAUCGACGUGAUCCUGGGUGGGGGCCGCAAGUACAUGUUUCCCAGGGGGACCCCAGACCCUGAGUACCCAAAUGACCCCAGCCAGACCGGGACCAGGUUGGAUGGGCAGAACCUGGUGGAGGAGUGGCUGACAAAGCACCAGGGGGCCCGGUACGUGUGGAACCGUGCAGAGCUCCUGCAGGCGACUCAGGAUUCCAGCGUGACCCACCUCAUGGGCCUCUUUGAGCCUUCAGACAUGAAAUAUGAGACCGAGCGAGACCCUGAGCAGGACCCCUCCCUGUUGGAGAUGACCGAGGCCGCUGUGCACCUGCUGAGCCGGAACCCCUGCGGCUUCUACCUCUUCGUGGAGGGGGGCCGCAUCGACCAAGGUCACCAUGAAGGCAUUGCUUAUCGGGCACUCACUGAGGCCGUCAUGUUCGACUCUGCCAUUGAGAGGGCGGGCCAGCUCACCAGCGAGCAGGACACACUGACCCUGGUCACCGCCGACCACUCCCACGUCUUUACCUUUGGGGGCUACCCAUGGAGGGGCUGCUCCAUCUUCGGGCUGGCCCCGGACAAGGCCAAGGACGGCAAGAGAUACACCUCCAUCCUGUAUGGCAACGGCCCAGGCUACGCGGUCAGCAAUGGUGAACGGCCGGAUGUCACCGAGGAUGAGAGCCAGGAUCCCGGGUACCGGCAGCAGUCAGCCGUGCCCCUGUCGUCCGAGACCCACGGCGGCGAGGACGUGGCUGUGUUUGCGCGCGGGCCGCAGGCGCACCUGGUGCAUGGCGUGCAGGAGCAGAGCUACGUCGCGCACGUCAUGGCCUUCGCUGCCUGCCUGGAGCCCUACAGCGACUGCGGCCUGCUGCCCCCUGACAGCAGCACCAACGCCGAGUGCCUGGAGCCGACCUCGGGACCCUCGCUGCCGCUGCUGGACAAGACCCUGCUGCGGUCGCUGGGGGUCGCUGCUGUGCCCUGA